AUGCAGCAGCCCACUCCGUUCUGGUGCGUGCAUCGGACGAUCUGCAUCGUGCUUUUCGCCAUGGAACAGACACGUCGUGUUCUCAUUGCAGCCAGCGCUAGAGCCGCUAAAUCGACGAUGGAAAUCCGCGAGCAGGACUUUUCCUUCAGUGACGGGGCUCGUGAACGACAAGUGAUUGAGGUCGUGACGAAAGAUGUAAGGACGGCAGACAUUUUCAACAUUCUGGAAGUGAUUAGAGGGGACGAAGAGAUUGUUCGGGAAGAAGCUGCAUCGUGGUGGAAAGAGGCCGUCAUCGAAGAGUUUUCAAGGCAGGACGUCAUGCUACUGGCGUUGAUCGCGAUCUGUGCACUGCGUGUGUUUCUUUUUGUAAUGGCAGUAUCUUGGAACCUGAUACGACUACCGAUGCUGUGGUACAAUAAGCUCCGAAAGGAAACGAGUGGAGAUCGUGAGGGUGCAGAUACAAGCAGUGAGAAUGUGAAGAAACAGCUGUCGAUUAUCCGAUUCUGCCAUCUGCAGUUUGCGCUGCUGAUUGAAAAACUGAAGCGUGAGACGCGAGAAGGCAAUGAUGGAGAUGUGCACCAUUUGGUGUCGUCACUAGUUGUACCUCCGACCAAAGAUGAGACGGAGGUGACGCUUGCGGAGAUAUUAGCAAUGUUACGGAGCCUUCAAAAGAUGGACAGCAGUUUUAGGGCAAGUGAGGUGGAAGAGCAUCUCACAAAUAUCCGACAAGUCGUGGAAGAUGAGACCGCUAUCGACUCUGGACUAUCAGCAGCAUGGGCAGAACUGCAAGAAACUUAUGCUUUAUUUCUACGAAUGCGAAGAACAAUUGCCGGUCGAUGGACGCGUAGAAAGACUGGGCAAUGGCGACCUCAACAAGAACGACAACAUGAACAGUGUCCACAAGAAGUAUCACUACGUCGCCCACGUCGAUUGUCGAACCGCGAAGACUUGACUGAUGAGGUAUUGUAUGAAUUGCAAGAGCUUACAAAAGAACUACCUCAAGGCUUCACAGCCGAUAUGUUCACGUCACUAGGCAAGGCCAUGCAUGAGCAAGUGGCUCCAUCACAGCCAAGUUUGAGUCGAGGCCAGUACCAUUAA